CGGAGGCUGCGGGGUGAAACUUUUGUCUGUGUUCCAGGUUCAGCUGCAGUUUUUCGGCUCAGAGACGCGGCGGGAUGUUUUACUUCCACUGUCCGCCUCAGCUGGACGGAGAGUGCUGUCGGUCCAACACAUUAAAUUCUAGCGGGUUCGGUAACCACACCCCGGCUGAUUUUGAUGAUGGAUUUUUACGCAGGAAACAGCGACGGAACCGAACAACAUUUACUUUGCAACAGCUGGAGGCUCUGGAGUCGGUGUUCGCCCAGACUCACUACCCGGACGUGUUCACCCGCGAGGAGCUGGCCAUGAAGAUCAACCUGACGGAGGCCAGGGUGCAGGUUUGGUUUCAGAACCGCAGAGCAAAGUGGAGGAAGACAGAGAGAGGGAGCUCAGACCCUGAAGGAGGGAAGGAGCAGAUGAGUGAGGGCACUCCUCCAUCUCGCAGCCUCAACCCUCAGUCCCCAGCGGACCAGAGCAGAAAACAGAAAGAAACGCUGGAGAUGCAGCAGAGUAUCAACAGGACGGUCGGUCCCGGUGGUCCGUUCUUUCCAUCUUGUUUACCAGGAACACUCCUUAACUCUGCCACCUAUGCCCAGGCCCUCUCACAAGUCGCCACUCUGAAAGGCAACGGUUUGUGCUCCUGCUGUGUUUCUGACCCCAUGGGCUUGUCCUUCCUGCCGCCAUAUGGUUGUCAGGGCAACCGCACAGCCAGUGUGGCCGCCCUGCGCAUGAAGGCCCGUGAGCACUCGGAGGCUGUGCUGCAGUCUGCCAACUUGCUGGGUGCAGCAGCUGGACCCGGAGCCGGCGUUGGGGUUCUGUCUGGAGUCGGCGUCAGCACUGCCGGGGUGGUGAGGCCGGCCGCAGGUCCUGCCAUGGAGACAUCCGGCGCUGGCGUCCGACGGGGAGACAGCUCCAGUCCCAGUGCAGGCACAAAAGUCCCCAUCCUGGGUGGCAGUCCUGACAAACACCCUCACUGCCCCAAAGAGCAGCUGGAGAAAAAGUGAGGCGCUGGACACUGAUGUGGAUGUACUGAUAAUCUGUGUGGCCGUGCCUGUUAUUCCUUCCCUUCUCUGCUCUGAUGAGCAACUGAGCACAUGGACAGCUGGCUCCAGAAACAUUCUGGGACAGAAUGAGAUUACAUUGUAUGGAUGCUAACAUUAAAAUAUUUAUUUGACUGUAAAUUUUUAUCAUGAAAAAUGCUGAAUAGUUGGAGUUUUGCUAUCCUCAUAAAAGCACAACUGUGGUUUUGGAUCUAUAACUGUCUACAUGCACUCUUGGACUCUGUUAGAUGGACUGGCAUAGACGCUACAUGUGUGCAACAAAGGCCUAUUUGAUAAUGUGAAUUCAAGUAGUUCUGAUACCUCUUGCUUUCCCUAAGAGGACAUUUGCUUACAUUGUGAACGUUAAUGCAUGAAAACUGUGACUGUCGAACUAGUGGCAGGACUGACAAUUUUGCAGGACUUUGACAACACUUGGGCCAUCUCUCAUUUUUGAAGUGAAAGUGCACUUUAAUAUUAAUCAGCCAUUUUAAGCGUAAGCAUUGGUGUGCAAACCCGAGCCGGACUGAAGCACAGUCAGUGGCGGAGCAGCAGUUGUCCCCCGUACUCUGUUAGCACAUCUGUAGCGCCAGCAAACAGUCAACACACCAGUCCUGUUGUGACAUGUUCUUUAAAACAAUUAAAGAUGUAGUCGCUCGUGUACCUCUCCUGUUACCUCUCGCUCCAGCCAUCUGUUCUGAUACAUUAUUUAUCAGCUUCUCCUGAAGCCAAGAGUGGAGAGCAAUUGUGACUCUUAUUAUUUAUUUACUUUUAGGAAUAGUCUCUUCCUGUUUCUGAACAUAAAAACUCCAUUAAACAUAAUAUAUAUGCUAUUUAUCAAUCUUGAAUUUUGAUUUUUAAAAACCAUAAUUUCCUGUCACCUCAGGGAUUUUCACAUCGUAGAUUAUCACAGGCGAUCCAGUUGCUGAUUCAUUAUUCCUAAAUAUCUCUCCACAUUAGAAUGACUCUUGAAUAAAAGAUCAGCUGAUCAGAUUGAGAAAACUAAACCGCAGAGCGCACAACCAGUAGUUUGGCUGAUUCAAUUUGCGUCCUUGAGGAUUUUCAGGAAAUUACUUUUGAUAGUCAAUAACACAAUUAAGUAAACUACACACACAUUAUCAUGAAUAAUUGAUGAGAAAUUAUGUAUUACCAUGAAGUACUGGUUCAAUAAUUGAUGAGGCGACACCCUGGUGACAUGGAAGAGGGAGAUAAUGUCAGAAGUCGUGCCAGGUUGUACUCACAGCACUCACGCUCUCUCUUUUUUUUCCUUCUUCUUUUUUUAAUGCUAUUGUGUGUGCAUGAUGUAAAUAUCUCAUAAUACCAAUAAAGUGAUGCGUUU